AUGGGCAACAUUAGUGGCACGAGGCUAGUCAAUGAUAGCAUCGCUGGAGAUGCAAAACUCUUCGGACAUGAGAUGACCCAGGAGGUCAACGAGAGAAAGCGACUCCACGCCAGUGACUAUAGUGGUAUGAAACGGCCCAUAUUCAUAGGGCAAGCCACCGAGAAUGUAAAGGAUGAGAUCGUCAUUGGAGACCGGACGAUCGGCAAUGGCAAGUUGAUGAGCCAUGGGAACAUUAGUGGUGGAAGAUUAGUCAAUGAUAGCAUCACUGGAGAUGCAAAACUCUUUGGACAUGAGAUGACCCAGGAGGUCAACGAGAGAAAGGACUCCAAGCGAAUGGCUAUGGUGGAGGUCAACGAGAGAAAGCGACUCCACGCCAGUGACUAUAGUGGUAUGAAAAGGCCCAUAUUCAUAGGGCAAGCCACCGAGAAUGUAAAGGAUGAGGUCGUCCUAGGAGCAACUAAUCUUGGCGUUGCCAAGCAAUGUACUCGGGGGUUAAUGGUAUUGGUGGAAUCAGAUGUUACAAAUUGA